AUGGAAGCAAGAAACCCACCAUCGUCUCCACUGCGCGCCUCUGAUCUCCUGCGGCACCGAAGAGCCACGGAGCAGUUCCAGGACGGCCACCACGUGCGUCUGCGGAGCCGAGAGACCGGCGCGUACCUGCACGCCGACGAGGACGGGCGUCGCGUCUCCCUCCACCACCGCCGGGCGUCGAUGAACGCGGCCUGGGCGGUGCACAUCUACCAGGGAUAUGGAGAUUCCCAGUACGUUCUCCUCCACAGCGCCGCCUACGGCCGCUACCUCGCCGCCACGAACGCGCCGGCGCCGCGAGGCCACAGCGGACGCCGCGUCGAGCAGUGCGACUACGAGCCGUGGGAGGAGGAGUACAUCAGGUGGCAGGCCGUCAGGGUCGGCUCAGGGGACGACGUCCUGCUCCGCAACGUCGCCGGCCGCCUCCGCGCCAACGGGAGGUACCUCAGCGUCGACGACUUCAACAGCAUCGGCACGAUGAUGCACUGGGUCGUGGAGCACAUCCCCGCCAGGAACGACGCGCCUCGCCUUGCAGCUCCGACUGGGCAAUUCUUGCCAAAUUUGCGCCAUGCCCGCUUCUUGAUUCUUCCCGAAUUGGGUUCUUGGGGAUUCAAUUGGGGAUUUGUGUUUCCGGUCAAAGAAUUCAGAGCAGUACCCUGCUUCGUAUUUGAUGGUUCUUUGGAACUGCAGCUCCGCCUUCCCAGAAGCCUCGCCUUCGUGUUGCCGUGGCGGGUGAUACAGUACGAGCAGGAGGGCGCCGAGGAGUCCAACGCCAGCUUCGCCUGGGAAUCACUCGUAUUCAGGGGCAGGUCCGCAUACCACUUGAGGAAGGAGCUGGCCAGCCGGCUGGGUGUCGCCAUGGACGUCUCCAACCUCGUCAUGUGCGUCCGAGCAGGUAUGCACGGGCGGCUUACCCCACUGGUCGUCGACUUGCCCCACAGCCGCGAGACCCUCGACAUCAUCGUCGUCAUGCCCGGGACGCCAGAUGUCAACUUGAGAACCUCUGUGAACAGUUAUGCAAUUGCAUUGGUUUGUAAUGGUUGUGUUCUUAUUCUUGCUGCUACUUUGGCGCUGCCGGGUGCAUUUCUCUUAGAUGUCACCGCUGUCGUUUGA